AUGAUGUUCCAUGAAGACGGCAAUUCUACGGAUGCGGAUGCAAGCUCCAGCCCUCAUCCUGAUGUUACAAAGGGGAAAAAAAGGCGCCUUCACGGUGCAUGUGAUGCCUGUCGAAGGAAGAAGAGCGACAGCGCGAAGAUGCCUAGAAACACUUGCACCAAUUGUCUCUCAUCUAAAGUGGAAUGUACACAUGAUAUUCCUCGACAAAAGAAAAAAGAUACCCAAAAAGAGUAUAUCCGAACCCUAGAACUUCGGCUAGAACUGAUGCAAAGCCUGCUGCGCUCGAUGUCUUCUGAUAGGGAUAUCAGUCCCAUUUACGAGACCUCGUCCAUCACAGAACCAUCUCCUGGCAACUUCCGUUUUUCUUCGCCAAAGACCCUUCCCCAGCGCACAACAGUGACAACGCUAUUGUCAUCCGAUGAUGAAGACGAAGAAGAUCUUUCGCACGUUUUUCUUGCAGAGCACCUGAAACAACUAUCUGUCGAGGCAGUCGAAGACCGGUUUUUCGGCCGUUCAAGCUUUUUUAUGUUUGCCAAAGACGCGACGAAUAUAAAGAGUGAACACACAGGUACAACCACCACCUCCAUUGGUAGCUCCUUGAGAAGGCCACUAUACUGGGAUCUCCGACCGUGGGAAAAAGAUUACACCCGCAGCGAAGGGUUAUUCUACAUGUUUCCUGAAGACGAUCUACUCCAAGCCUUGAUUCCAACAUACUUCGACAAGUUCAACAUCUUUAUGCCUGUUCUUCACCGCCCCACCUUUGAAAGAUCAUUCGGAAGCGCCCAACAUCUUUGGGAUCCAGGCUUUGGGAUGAUCGUUCUCAUGGUCUGCGCUAUUGCCUCACGCUAUUCGACAGAUUCAAGAGUAUUUCUGGACGGCGAUACCUCUGGGUUAUCCAGUGGCUGGUGUUAUUUUUCGCAGAUUCCGAUGCACAGGAAGGCGUCAAUGGAGAAGGUAACAAUAUAUGACCUCCAAUAUUAUUGCCUUGCAAUUAUCUACCUCCUCGGAACAUCUAUGCCUCAUGCUUCAUGGCACUUUUUAGGUCUUGGAAUACGAUACGUCCAAGAAAAGGGAGCACACCGACGAAAAGGUAAGGGUCACAAACCAACGGCUGACGAUGAAAUGUGGAAACGAGCCUUCUGGUGCCUACUUUCCAUUGAUCGGCUCAUGAGUUCCUUUCUUGGCAGGCCGUGCGCAAUCCAAGAAGGAGAUUACGAUGUCGAUUUUCCGAUCGAAUGUGAUGAUGAAUGUUGGAUGCCGACAGACUCCAAUCAGGCAUUCACGCAACCUUUGGGAAAACCGUCCAUCAUCUCUGGAUUUGUGUAUCACAUCAAGCUGUGUGAAAUACUUGCUUUCUCCUUGAAGACACUAUACUCAACCAAGAAAUCCAAACUGCUUUCCGGUCUUACCGGAAAUCAAUGGGAACGGCAAGUUGUUACUGAACUAGAUUCUGCCAUGAACAGCUGGAAGGAUUCUCUACCAUCUCAUCUCCAAUGGGACCCCACGAGACAAAAUACCCCAUUUUACUACCAAUCAUUAACCCUCCACGCAUCGUACUAUUACACACAAAUCCAAAUCCACAGGCCCUUCCUGCUCAAGAAAUCAACAUUGUCGUUAUCGUCCCUUACUAUUUGUACGAAUGCAGCUAGGUCGUGCAGUCGCCUCCUGGCUGUCGCUCUAACAAGGGGAGUAAUUGUGUACCCUAAUAUCAUAAUGGCUGCUUUUGCAUCUGCGAUUGUGCUGCUUAUCAAUAUAUGGGGUGGGAAGCAAUCGGGCAUUGGUUACGGCUUGACCAACGAAAUGAACGACGUACAGAUAUGUAUGAACGUCUUGAAAGAGUGUGAGAAAAGUGAUAUCACAAGGUGGCAUAUUCCAGGUCGUUUACGGGAUAUGCUAAACGAGUUUGGUUCUAUGCGUGAUGGUCCGAUCCAGAGAUCGACAGUGACGCACAAACGAGGUUAUGAUACGUCCAACACACCACCUGCAUCUACAAUACCAAUGGUUUCUGUUCCGUCGAUUUCUAGUGUCUUACCGACAUCACAAGUAAAUUUCCCAUUCGAUCAACGUAAGACGCAAGACCCAGUAGUCGCUCACAACUGGGAUUUAAGCAACUUCUUACCCGCGCAAAUGCCUAGCUACCCCUCGAAGUCGGCUCAUGACGCUCUCGGAAAUCAAUCGUUGGCUGAAGCAGAUUUCGGCACUGGGCCUCAGUCAGCUUUCAUCGCACCCAUUGAGGAAUCUACCUUGCCCAACGUGGACGACAAAUUACUGUCCUUGUGGUUGAAUGCGCCCACGGGCUUCAGUGUUGACGAAUGGGAUGUAUAUAUUACGGGUUUGAGCGGUUUGUGA